AUGGAUUCGGAACCGAACGUGGAGGAGCCAAGUUCUUGGGAUGAGUUAUACAACAUCAAUUUGAUGCCUUCGGAGUUAUUUCUCAAGUUCCGUAAAGAGGUUCAGGGUGUUCGUGUUGCUCUCAAUAUGGAGAUCUAUAAUGCUCCUAUCAACGAGUGUCAAGCAAAGCUUGUAUUUAAGCCUUUGACACCUGAAUGGAAAUGGAAGUUCAUUUAUGAGCCCAUUCAGCAUGAUGUUCGCGUUCUCUCAAAAAAGAUCCCAAUUACCAAAUUUCUGAAUCUUCAGGUUGGUGUAGGACACAGUUUUAAAAUGCAUGCUACUGGUUGGAAAUGGAAGCUCACCACAUGUUUGGGUGGAGACAAUGUAUCCCGAAUCCGAAACAAGACAUCGGUUGGUUUGUUCCCUGGAUUUGAUUUACGGUUUGGAUGGAGGGCAGAAUAUGUUCUUCCUGAGCUUACUGGGGGUCUAGGUACUGGCGAGCCAAUGUUAAACAUGCAGUCGGGGCGUCUACAAGCAUCACUUGAUAGAGUUGAGGCCAUCAUAACCCACAGUGAUGCUAAUUGA